UCCGUCAUCAGACUGCCGCCGCCUCAUCUAACACACGAAACUCGCGUCUGCACUUUACAGACAAAAGUGAAGAGGAGGACAGAGAAAAAAAAAGAGAAAGAGAAAGAGAACAAGCGGCUUGGAGAAGGAGGAUGACUGCCGAUGAAGAAGAGCCCGCCUUCCCAGUUUACAUGGCCACACCGUGAGGUGUCUAAUGGCCUCCAGGCCGGGGCUCUCCAUGUGAAAAGGAAAUCUUAGAAGAGAAGAGCUAACAUUUGCAGGGAGAGAGAGAGAGAGAAGAGUUUUACACGGGGCAAUGGCCUCAACUAAAGAUUUUGUCACGAGUGAAGCGCUGGCACACAUUAAGCAAGAGGAUUGUGUGUGGGGUGCAUUAGCAGACUUGUGUGUGAAGUCGGAGGAUUGUGAGAGAAGAAUUUCGGGUUUUAAAGAGGAGCAAUCUGAGGGGGAGACUGUUGGGAUCAGUGUCGAGGAUUUGAAAAAUGCGUCCGUUCAGGUCAAGCUGCAAAAUCAUGAAAGUGGAAAUGGCUUCAAGCAAGAGAUUCCUGAAGAGUCUCAUUGCAUUUCCCAGCUCUGGUUCACUAAUACGGGACAACUGGCUACCCAGCGGAAUUCUUUGAAAGUGAAAUCCGAGUUAUCUGAACUUGAGGAGAACAUUACUGAUACAGAAGAGGAGCAGAAGUCGCCUAGGAGUGUUCAGACAAAUUUACAUGAGAAUGGCAUCUUCUCCCCAUCUUCACGUCCUCAGACUUCUUUUGAGUGCGGACAGCAACCCAAGCAGGAUGACAAGAAGAUGAAGAAAUCAACAAGAGGAUUGGAGGAAUUGACAGCAGCCUCUUCGCAGUGUAGUUCUGUAACUGCAGUUAAUCAAGUAAAUACAGAAGCCAUCAACACUGAUCAACAAGAGAUGCAUAAUACAGACCAAGAGACUUUAUAUGCCUACAGGGAGUGCAGAAAAUUCUUGAAAAACACCAAUGACUGUAAAGAACACGAGUUGAAUCAUACGAGACAAAAUCCAUAUUCCUGUUCUGAAUGUGGUAAACUGCUCUCGUGCCGUGGCAGUCUUCGCAAACAUAAAAGAAUUCACACUGGAGAGAAACCCUAUUGCUGUAUUGAAUGUGGUAAGCGUUUCUCAGACAGCAGCACUCAUCAUAAGCACAUGAGGAUUCACACGGGAGAGAAACCCCAUUGCUGCCCAGAAUGUGGCAAACAAUUCUCUCAAAUAAACAGUCUUAAGAGACACUCAAGAAUCCACACCGGAGAAAAACCUUAUACCUGUUCUGAGUGUGGCAAACAAUUCUCACAUAUAAGCAACUUUCAGAGACACACAAAAAUCCACACAGGAGAAAAACCUCUCAGUUGUUCUGAAUGUGGCAAAUGUUUUCCAGACAACCAGAGUGUCAAUAGGCAUAUGCGAAUUCACACCGGAGAAAAGCCCUAUGGCUGCUCUGAUUGUGGCAAACGAUUCACUGACAGUAGCAAUCUUCAGAACCACACAAGAAUUCAUACUGGAGAGAAGCCAUAUGGCUGUUCUGAAUGUGGUAAAAUAUUUUCGUAUUUUAAAAAUCUUAAGAAGCAUGCAAAAAUUCACACUGCAGAAAAAAGCCCUCAUUGCUGUUCUGAAUGUGGAAAAAUAUUCUUACAAAUUUCUCAACUUAAACGACACAUGAGAAUUCACACAGUUGUCCUGAAUGUGGUAAACAAUUCUUAAACUUCAGUGGCCUUCAUAGUCCUAAACAAAUUCACAAAAUGGAGAGUAAUCUAUGUGUCUUGUCCAGAAUGUGGUAAAUGGUUCUCAUAUAUAAGCAGGCUACAGAGGGGAUGCAAGAAUCCACAGUGGAGAAUCCAUCUUGUGCAGACGGCAGCAGGUCAUCUGGAUGGGCUGCAGAAACCGUAGCUCAAAAGGCUUCACCAGACGACGAGGAACAGCAACUAGAAAGAUCACAAAUACAGUAGCAGAUUUCCUGCUCCAAUUUCAUAUGGAGGUGCAGUAAACCCACAGAUGACUUAGGUUAAAUGAACUGAGACUGGGUAACAACAUCGUUUUAUGUCUUGUACAGCUCAAAAUCACACAGGGAAUGUCUCAGUGGGUUAUAACAGGCCCUGUUUUUUGGCAGGUCUUGGUCAGUGUCCUGGUGCCUCAUGCCUAACUCCGUGUGUAGAAUUCACACUAAAACAUGGCGUACGGACAAAAGAGGAACUGUGCGUAUGCACAAAAACAUCCCGAUGCAUAAAUCUGUGCGUUCGCCAACUUCCACGUUCUUCCGCUCCAUAAAUCCCAGUCAGUGUGAAAAGUAACGCAUGCGCCUGCUGCCACUCCCCAAACUCCUCCCAGAAUUACACCUCUUUGAAUAUGCAAAUCAAUAUAAAUAGCCCUUAAGCUCAGCCUUCUGUGAAAAGACAAUGGCAAAAGCACGGGGGGAAAUAGAAGAAUUUCAGCGAAUACCAAGUGUAGGCAAAGAAAAAUGUACUAUUUAUUGGUUUAAACAGUGAUAUAAACAACAAAAGGAAGUUGAUCUAGUGACAGAGUGUCGGAGAAACUCAAAAGCUCAAGUUCACAAAGUCGCACAGUGCCCGAAAUAAAGAAG